GUCAACUGUGGCAAAAUAUAGCUCCUAAUACAAACGUUCUUUCCCUUUUGGCGCUGUUUAUUAGCGUCGUUACACAUUGAUUCCCAGAAUCCAAGAUACCUUUUUUUUUUUCUGUGAAAAAUGCGGCAUGUUCAUUCCUUAAUAUCUUUGCAUCGUCAGCUUCUCUCUCGGAUGCAUCAUGUCCGAUUUCAGUCAUCUGCUCAAGUUCUUAUAAAUAAGGCCGAUCUCCACAUCCCCUCACUAGGCACAACUUUUUCAUUUCUCUGGCUCCGUGAUUCAUGCCAAUCACAUGCAUGCGUACAUCUGUCUAAUCAACAAAAGCUUCAUCGAAGUUCUGACAUUCCUCUCGACAUACGACCCGAUCAAGUCGAGUCUUUCGCCGAUGGGCUUCAGAUACGUUGGUCUGAUAACCACGAAUCGGAAUAUACAUGGGAAUUCCUUAGUCGACAUGCAUCCCCCCAGAAUCUCUCUCGAUUCCAUGGAGAUGUGUUCAAACAAGCAUGGAACAACGCGUCCAUCACUAAGACCUCCGAUCUUUAUAUAUCUUACGAAUCUAUUAAAACACCGUUGGGGUUAUUGGCUGCAAUCGAUCACAUCUGCCGUUACGGACUUAUAUUCAUUCGUGGAAUCCCGAACGGAGAAACAAGCAAUGCGACAUGUGAGCUACGCAAUCUGGCACAGAUGUUCAGUGAAAUACGAGAAACAUUCUACGGCCCAUUGUGGGAUGUAGUCAAUAUCGCGAAUAGUCACAAUAUUGCGUAUACAAAUCUUGAUCUCGGCCUCCAUAUGGAUCUCCUAUACUUCCAAAAUCCACCUCAAUACCAGAUACUCCAUUGCCUACGAAAUCAGGUUGAGGGGGGUGCCUCCUACUUCGUCGAUGCGCUCUUUGCGGCAGAGAAACUGAAAGAACAAAAUCCAUUUCACUUCGACGUGCUCACCUCAACGCUUGUCCCAUUCCAUUAUAUCAACGACGGACAUCACCUUCACUUUGAGCACCCCACCAUCGAGCUAUCCAAAGAUGGAAAGACCAUCGCACAGCUUAACUAUUCCCCUCCGUUCCAAGCGCCUCUGCUGCUUUCUACGCCGCCGGCGUUUUUCUCCGCUCUGAGGGAAUUCACGCGCUUGCUGAACGAUACCAAUAAUACUUAUACAUACACCCUUCAAGAGGGAGACGCUGUUCUCUUUGAUAAUCGCAGGGUACUUCAUGCCAGAACUGCAUUUCAGGACAAGCCUGGGUUUACGCCGAAGGAAGGGGAACCCAACCGAUGGCUAAAGGGCUGCUAUAUUGAAGCCGAUGCAAUGUGGGAUCGCGGGAGAAUAUUGCGAAGCCAGGAAGGCGCGACCACACAGUAAAAGCCUUUUAAAGCUGUAUCAUGCUUAGGGAAUGGGAAAGGUACAGUAGAUAUGAAGAGAAGUCAGACGUAUUGCCAAAAGCCGCUGUACCAAUUUUUAAACAACAACGAUAGUGCUGGAUUUUGAACUCGAUGAAUAACAAAUGAUACUUGAGGAAU